CGCUGGUCGCUGUGCUCUGAAACCUGCAAUCAAUCCUAUUCUUAGCUCAUAAAAUCCUUCUAAUUUGAUGGGAAAAUGGCAGUACUUUUGGAGACUACCCUUGGUGAUCUAGUUGUUGAUUUGUAUCCAGAAGAAAGACCAAGAUGCAGCUUGAACUUCUUGAAGCUGUGCAAGAUCAAGUAUUUCAACUUCAAUUUGAUCCAUUCCAUUCAGAGAAACUUCAUGGCUCAAACUGGAGAUCCAACAGGAACAGGGAAAGGUGGCGCUUCUAUCUUCAGCAAGCUGUACGGGGAUCAAGCCAAGUACUUUGAGAUGGAGAAUAGUCCAAGGAUCAAACACAGAAAGAAAGGGGCACUCUCUAUGGUCAACAACGGAGAAAACAUGCACGGAUCGCAGUUUUUCCUGACUUUGGCUGAGGAUCUGGACUAUCUUGACGGUCAGCACACUGUGUUUGGUGAGGUGACGGAAGGAUUCGACGUACUAGACAAGAUCAAUGAAGCAUUCUGCGACAAGGGGAAUAGACCUUACCAGGAUAUCAGAAUCAGUCACACCAUAGUCUUAGAAGACCCAUUUGAUGAUCCUGACGGUCUUGAGAUACCAGACAGAUCCCCUGAGCCAACUAAAGCACAGCUAGAGAGUGGACGUAUAGGAGCCGAUGAAAGCAUUGAAGACGACGACGGAAAGACUCAAGAGGAGCUGGAAGGCGAAGAAAAGAAGAAAGACGCCACUGCCAAUGCACAUAUCCUGGAAAUGAUCGGUGAUCUGCCAGAUGCGGAUGUGAAACCUCCAGAGAACGUGCUCUUUGUUUGCAAGCUCAAUCCUCUCACCACCUCCGAGGAUCUAGAAAUCAUCUUUUCAAGAUUUGGCAAGAUUUCAAGUUGUGAAGUGAUUAAAGACAAGGUGACUGGAGACUCCCUGAGCUAUUCCUUCAUCGAAUUUGAAAGGGAGGAAGACUGCGAAGAAGCCUACUUCAAAAUGGACAACGUUCUCAUUGACGACCGUCGCAUUCACGUCGACUUCAGCCAGUCUGUCGCCAAACUCAACAUGGGACCAUCAGGUCCCAUAAUACCCCAGACUGGUGGAGAAAGCUCAAAAUAUGCUAUCAAGGGCACCAAGAGCAGACAAUCACAAAAGUACGGUCUAGUGCUUGAUGAGGGAGACAACUCCAGAGGUCAACAGAGGUCACAGCAAAAGAAGCCACGCAGGCAACCAUCUGAAAGUGAUAGUGACGAUGACAGGCACAGAAUGAAAUCUAAAAAGGAUGAGAAGAAACACAGAAGGAAGGACAGCUCCUCUGAAGAAUCUUCCAGCGACGAAAGAAGACGGCAGAAGAGAAAAAGAAUGAAAGAUAGGCAGGAGAGCUCGGCAUCCUCGGAAGACGAGAGAAGCCGGAGAAUAAAGAAGAAAGGAGCGAGGGACGACUCGGAGAGCGAAGACGGAAGGAGGCGGAAACGAUCGCAGGGGAUGCGCCACGAGGAGGAUUCAGGGUCUUCAGACGACGACGAGAGGCAUUCCAGACGGAAGAAAGGUCCAGAUAGAUUCAGAGAUGAUAGAUCCAGGAAUGAUGAACAAGGGAGAGGUAGGGGAGAUGAAGAUAGGAAGAGGAGGAAAGACGAAAGAAGGGAGAAAGACAGAGACACUGGGAGACAUGGAUAUAGGGAUGGAGAUCGGGAUAGGAGUCGAGACAGAGAUGGAGACAGGCAUAGAGAAAAAAGCAGGGAUGGUCAAAAAUACAGAGAAAGGGGAAGGGACAGGUAGUAAAUCAUGUAAAUUUUUACUGUAUGAUGUAAUUAUGUUCUUUCCCCAUCUUUUUGUUUGAAAUGGGAGUUGAAAUUAAUCUUGCAGUGUCUGAAUAAUUUGUUGAAAGCCCAACAUGAUGUAAAUGAAUAAAAAUACAAAUUAUGCUUUCUGUCCACUGGUAUAAUAAGGAUUGUUAAAGUUUAUGAGUUUGAAAAUGUUGAAUAUAUAUCCAACAUGUUCAGCACUGAUAAGGAUUACCAUUCUUACCGUAACAGUAACAAUGUGAACACAAGCCCCCUCCCCCUUUAAUGCUUCUGCAUUUCGCAUUGAUGACAUUUUGGGAUUGUCGGGUCAUAGCUAGGUCAAAGGUCGUAAAGAUAAAUGGACAUGUAGUUAGGCCUAAAAUAAAAACUUGUUGCAUUGCCCUUUGCGACCGACCCAAAAUUCUGAAAAUCUAUGGUCGGCAUUUUAAAAAAGUUUUUUUUUUAACCGUUUUUUAGAACUGUUUUUAUUAAUGAAUAACAAAAAAAAAUGUAUCGGCCCAAAAAGGGCGACAAAAAAAAAAAAUUCCGACCGGCCGACCCAUGUUUUGGCACCUAAAGGGCAAUACAACAAGUUUUUUUGUAGGCCUUAUAGGCUUUUUGUUCUAAUCGUGAUAUUUCAUGAUCUUGACUGAAUUUAGACUGGGGCAUUAUGGAGAUGCAGUCGCAUCUGCCGUUUUUAUAAUUCAAUCAAAUUCAAAAGUAGAUGUAAUAAAAAUGAAUUUCUUUUUGCAAAAA